AUGCUUGUUUUCAGGAGUAUUUUCAAAUAUAAAUAAUAAAUUUACGAGGCUCCCAAAAGGUUUAGUAAAAAUGAAAUACAAAUUAAUGCUCAAAAAUAAAAGGCUAGAUUGAUGUAAGAAAAACUAUUAUAAUAAACUUCCAACAUUGAAAGUAAUACUCCAAGAAUUGUUUCAAUUUUAUUUGGGGUCAUGACAGUCCCCACAUUUUACUAUUUUUACAAUGCUCUUAGUAUUAGAUUUGAAGACAUUUCAUAUUUUUACAAUGUAAGAUUGUGCAUAGAUUGGUUAAAUUUAAAAUAUGGCUUAUUAUGUGGCUCUUUAAUUGGUUUGAACAUGAUGAAAUUUGAUGAUUUCAAAGCUAAAAAUAAAUUAAGAUCAAAAGUGCCAUUCAACUACACAUAUUACUCUCUCCCCAUCCUUUUGGGUUUGUGUUCAUAUUCAUGUAUCGAAACUUUAUCACAAUGGUGGGUAGUACCUACUCUCGUAAAUAUCAUUUCAACAAUGAUAGCAUACUCACACUCAACGAAUAUGGGGACUGCUCCAUUUUGGACUUUUGCAAUUGUAUAUUAAAUACUUGUUUUGGAUUUAAUAGCCACAGGAAGUCUUUUUUGGUCGUAAAGGAAUUUAAAUUUGCAUAGAGAAAAAAGAAAAGAGUUGUAUUCUAAAUAUUGAAAGAAC